AUGUUCGUACCGAAAGCUUCCUCAUCGGUGGCGUCUUUGAGGAAUCCGCGCCGGCGCCAGCGUACAAGCUCUGAUGAAUCUGUCAAACCACCCAGCGCAAAAAGACAGCGAUCUAUCCUCCGCCAGGGAAAUUCAAAAGUCAAUCCAGGAGACCUAAUUGAUGACAGCCCCAAGUUUCAACCAUCGGAACUUUCAACUUCCACCUCACUAAAUAACUCGGAGUCCAUUCCCUCGCUUGAUGGCAAUCCUGAAAGGUCCAUUCCAAUCAGAACAGCCAAAAAACCCGAAAAGCGAAAAAAUGACACAGUUGACGCGGUCGUGCUUUCAAAAACGGAUUUCUAUACUGUAUCACAGCUACCAUCCUUGCCAGAUCAAAUUCGGAACCUGCAAUCAGAAUCCUUCAGAUGUUUCUUCGCAUCCAGUCACAGCUAUGGGUUAGCCCUCACGCAGUCUGAGGCUAUCAUUUGGCCGUAUUCACUUAUGACCUCCUCUCCUUCCCCAUCCGAAGUGUUCAGACUCUCAAUCCCCGAAUCAUAUAGAGAAAUGAAAGAUGCUGUGCCUCUUGGUGUUAUUCUAUCAACUGCAGCUAGCACUAUUCCUGGAUUGAUGGUCCUAAUGCCUCAGAACGGGAAAAUCAUAUAUUGGGAAACGGUGUCUUGUGCUGCAUCAUUAGGGCUUCCCAGGCAAAGGCAGACUGGGCUCCAGGGAUCUAUUCCAGGAAUGCUCUCGGGUGAAUAUGUCACGGAUAUUGUUAACGCGGAGCCUUCUGGUGUUAUCGUUACAUUUUCAUCUGGACGCGUGGCUCAUAUUACGCUCAGAGACUCGCAGGGAAAACCAGCCAUCACUGUCAAUUUCUUGAAGAAUCCGUCCACCAACGGUGGAAUUGGGUUCUUCGGCGGGAUCAAAAAUGUUCUUGGCGGUGGUUUCUGGCGAAAGGAGGUUGCCGCAGUUCGGGCUGGUAAAUCCCAUCAACGGGGACAGCGAGAUAUCAUUAUUGCCACCUCAAAUGGCCUGGUUGAGGUUUGGGAUACACAUUGGAAUAAUGGAAGCAUGCUCAAAAAACAAUUCGAUAUCAAGGAAGAUCUACAUAGAUCUUUAGGUGUGCAGUCUUUGGAUGGGUCCGGUGACAGCGACAUCAGAGUUCUAGAUUUCGCAUUCAUCGAUGCAGAGCAAGAUACUGAGGACUCACAUGGCGGAAAGUCGUGGGAUAUCUCAGUCCUUGUCAGCCUGCCUCUUGGGCCAAUUACCCAGAGCAUGUUUGUCGUCCAACUGAGGCUAUCAUUGAGUAUUCAAAUAUUAUCUACUAAUCCCAUCAGCUCGCAUAAUAUCCCGACAGCUCUAGGAAACUCGAGGCCAAGGUUAUUCGUUCCAAAGCCGGGCAAAACGGCGUUCGUGGUGCUAGGUCAAUCGAUUUUAUUACUGUCACUAGCAUGGGUCGAAGCCUCCCCAAGUUCCCAACUUCUGCUUGACAAUCACCAGCCACAGGCAUUCCAUGACUCUAUCAACUUUCGAUCCGGUAAAAGCUACGAGAUACUAGGUGCAGGGGUUGAAGAUGAGGGCGUGGACAGUUCAUUCCCUGCAUGUCUACUCAUGAUUCGAGAUUUCGGCGUAAUCCGUAUCACUGUCCCCUAUCGGCAGGAAACGACAAGCAGCAUAGAGGAUUUUCAGAUUACUGCACGGCAUAAAAUUGAACAGGCUGUAUUUUAUGGCACGAUGUCGGGAAACCCAUUGAAUUUGGCCAGUAAAAGCGGUUUAGAUUUCGCUGCCAAAGAGAUCGAAGAUGCCGCAUUGGGAAUUUGCAGAGGACUCCUGAAGUCAACAUCAAAGUUUAUUCCAACAACAGCGAUAUCUGUUGAUCAAAAUCUGAGACUGCGAGCAAAGGCGCUGGAUGACCUUUCUCAUCUUCUAAUGGAACAGAAUAAAGUUCUAGAUCGUCGAAUUUGGUGGGAACUAUUAUGCAGCGCGGAAAAGCUUGCAGCCCAGAGAGCGAUGUGGAAAUUGGAAGAGCAUGCAAGGAAAACCAAAAAUAAAGAACCAACAUUCCUUGCCCACGUCAUUAACUUGAUGAGUGAAAAGUUCAAGACAAAAUUCGAACAAGACGACACUAAUGACCCCGUACGUCACUGGUUUCUUCACGAUUCCUAUAGGACGGAACAUAUCGUGCCCUGGAUUUUCAAUGCGAUAAAGCCCCAGAAAGGCAACUCUUCGAAACAAAUGCGGCGAAUGUCGGAGCAGAUACUUGAGGCUAGUGAUCUAUCUCUAGCAGUCCUUGAGACAGCAUUUAAGUUCCGGGAUGAACAUGCCGGUCAGUUCGGGAUUGGAGAUGGCUAUUUAGAAGAUGGGAUCUUGACAACUGGCUAUGAGGGUCUCCCAGAGUUUUGGACAUCACAAAGUAUCAGCUACUCCGAAACUGGGCAUUUAUUGGACCUAGAGCUUGACAGCUGCAGGGCCUGGAUUCAACAAACUACUGCUGAAACAUCUGAUCAGCAAACCAUCAAGAAAAUCGCGGUGAACAGUGCCAGACAUCUUCGAAUUCUAGGCCAAAUGCAUUUGGAACGCGUCCGGUGGCUUUCGGCUCAGGACAAUCCAAAAUCAAUAGACGAAGCUGUGGCCACCGAGCAAUCACACAUUAAGCAACGAAAAUGGCAACUUUUCAAAUUAGCCGGUAUUGGACAAUUGGAAGAUGCCAUAAAUUUGGCCGAAAACUUCCGAGACAUGGGUGCGCUAGUGGAGUUGAUUAUUGAACUUCAGGAUCAGAGUAAAGGUAAUAUAUUCGGGCAAGAUCCCUCAGAAGACGUUCCAGGUGGGGUCAGCGAUGCAUCUCAGGAGCUCAGCAAAAAGAUUACCCAUUACUUUGAGAAAUUUGGAGAAAGUUGGGCCGAUGCCUUCUUCUCGCGUCAAAUAACAAUGGGGCAAUCUGGAGUAUUGUUCUCGAUGAAAAAAUUCCAGCAUUUUAUCACCCACUUUUUACGCAAACAUGCUUCUUGUUCCCGACUCAGCUGGAUCAAUGAUGUAAUUGGCGAAUGUGAUUAUGACACUGCUGCUAAAACUUUGGAGAGUCUGGCCCUUGAACAUGAACCUGAUAUUUGGAGUCAUCGAGUUGAGCUGUCAUUAGCAAAACUUGCCAAGCUGGCAGCGUGGGAGAAGACGGGCUCUUCUAGCGCUCCCACCCUCCAUGUUGACCUCAAACGCCUCGAAGAUUUUGCAGAGAUGGGCGCUGUUCAGGAGGUCAUUUAUGCCUAUAUCUCACCAGUUUUACAAGACGCGAUCGACCAGAAAGCUGAAAUUGACCUAGCAAUUGAGCACUUCGGGCAAUCGAUCGCUAAGGAUCGGCUAUCGCUACAUGAAGUACUAGGCGAGGCUCUCGGAGGGGUAGUCUCUCGGAAAGUUCUCAACCUUGAUCAACUGGUGGACCUGUUGACACUUAUCGAUGCGAGUCAAGUUCCGGAGUCUGGACAAAAUGAAUUUACUGGCAAAGAAUUUUAUCUGGCUUUGCGGGUCAUCCGGUUAGGAUUUCAUGCUAAACGUGAUCCCCAUUACUACCUCGCACUUCAAAAGUUAGUAUGGAGAAGGUGUAUCAUAAAGGACAACUGGGACGCGACAGGGAAGGCAGUUGAAAAUAUGGGUAGCGAUUCUGAGACACUCCUAUACGCGACAUCACUAUUCCGUACCCUUGUUUUAUGUCUUAAAGACAAGCAUAGCGAGGAUGCUACUAAUGCCUCCCUUUACAUUCCCACUUGUCCACAGGAUGUUUUGAUGAAUGAAUCCGAUUCCGCCCUUAUUUCAUCCCGCUUUCGCCCUGAGAGGCGAGCUCGUAUUAACCGUGAUCUUGACAAGGAAAAUACUGUUUUAUCUCAAUAUAUAGAGAACGGGGAGCUUGAGUUUUGGUUCAAGACCCUUUUUUUCUCCGCGGAGAAGGCAGCGUUGCAUCCUUUGAAUGAUGGUACCAACUCCCAGUCAAUGGAUAAUGCGCAAGUCGAAGAACAGGCCCCUACCACGACAGAAACUCCAAGUCAAAAAUCGCGAUUAAGUUGGCUUUAG